AUGGCCGCCGCUCUCAGGUCCCCGGCCUCCGUCAGGGUCGUCUCGGGCCCCUCCGCCGCCUCGGGGCUCGCCAAGGCGCGUCGGCAGGCGCCCAGGGUCGUCGCGGUGGGCGGCGCCGGGGCUUGGCAGCAGCAGCCGCGGGGCCGUGGCGCCGCCGCCGUCGUCCGGGCGUCGCUGUUCUCGCCCAAGCCCGCGGCGGCCAAGGACGCGCGGCCGACCAAGGUGCAGGAGCUGUACGUGUACGAGAUCAACGAGCGGGACCGCGAGAGCCCCGCCUACCUCCGCCUCAGCGCCAAGCAGACCGAGAACGCGCUGGGCGACCUCGUCCCCUUCACCAACAAGGUGUACAACGGCAGCCUGGACAAGCGGCUUGGGAUCACGGCGGGGAUCUGCGUGCUGAUCCAGCACGUCCCCGACCGCAACGGCGACCGGUACGAGGCCAUCCACAGCUUCUACUUCGGCGACCACGGCCACAUCUCGGUGCAGGGACCCUACCUGACCUACGAGGAGUCGUACCUGGCGGUCACGGGGGGCUCGGGGGUCUUCGAGGGCGUCUACGGCCAGGUGAAGCUCAACCAGAUCGUCUUCCCCUUCAAGAUCUUCUACACCUUCUACCUCAAGGGCAUCCCGGACCUGCCCAGGGACCUGCUCUGCACGCCCGUCCCGCCGUCACCCACCGUCGAGCCCACCCCCGCCGCCAAGGCCGCCGAGCCGCACGCCAGCAUCAGCAACUACACCAACUGA